AUGGAACAAUUUAGGGUUGAACUAGAAAUCGAUCCGAAAUCACGUCACGAAAUGACAAAAAGUAAAACGAGAUUGGCUCAGGAUCCGCCUCCCAACUAUGGAAAAAGGUCUAAAAUAGAGGCCAGAAAGAGCACAAUUACUGCGAAGAAGAAAAAUAAUCCGACUCAUCCUCUGUAUGCUACUUCUGAUGAGGAGAGGGAGGAAUCUCCUGAACCUGUCGUUAGGUUGACGGCCGAACGAAGAGCAGCGGCGGAGAUAAGAAUUGCACAACAAAAAGCGGAGAUUGAAGAACAGAAGAGAAACGGGACUUAUGUUGACCCGAUGGAGGUGUACGAGGCUGAACUGAAGAGAGCGAAUUGGCUAAAAUCAACAGGUAGAGGCGGAACUCCACCUGUAAAUCCAUUCAGAGACAUUGUAUUGGCAAGAAUUGAAAAAGAGCGCCAAGAAAGAGAGCGCCAAGCGGCUGCGGAGGUUGGAGAUCCUGAGGCACAAGCCGCCACUUAUGCUGAAAAUAGGAGAAAGCUGGGCGAGGCAAGAUUGUAUAUGAGAAGAUUUGCUAUUGAAGAAGCAGCGAAAAAAGGACUGCCGCCUCCACCGGAAGAACCAUUGGAAUUGUUUGAUAUGAUGGAACAUUACAACCCUGAGAGAGCAGAUGCUCCACCAGGACCAUCGUAUGAGGAAAUUAUGGCACGAGUAAAACGUCCACAAGUUAUCGCUAAAAUGCUAGAGGAGGAGGCUGCGAAGAAAGAAGAAGCUGCUAAGGAAUCCACAUCAAAUAGUCAAGUCAAAUCAUGUACGAAGAGAAAGCGGGCUCAUCGAGAAGCCGAGGAGCAAGAGUUGAAUGGCAGCUAUUGA